AUGAUCAUGGUAUUCUUCGCCAAGUAUUUGGUCAAACUUGCACGGGAAACACCACCUGAUGAUGAUCCUCAAGGGGACAGAGACAGUUACGAACAUAUCUACCACACCUUCAUGAAUCAAGUCUUAUCUUUUGUUGGAGUGGGGGUUAACCCCUAUAACUUCAUACUGGAGAUCGUACACAGCAGACUCGGGUUGCAAUGCGACAUUGUUAAUGAAACGGCAAGAAAUCCCCUAAGUGGAGAGUUACUGACAGACAAGGGGGUGAUCUUCGACAGCCGCGUCGACCGGGCCAUGAUUGAUGUGGGCGUGGAACUACGAAAGAGAUAUCCUAAACUGUUGUUUUCGUCUUGGUUAUAUCCGCAGCGCCACCUCGUCGUUGCCGAUGACCCGGCUGCGGAAAUCGCUGCUCGCACAUGGAUUGAUCAGAGGUCGGGUCUGGAUCGAAGUCAGCUAAUGCAUAUGACUUACAACGAGUGGCAGCACCAGGAGACGUCGCCGCCGCCAUCAGAAUUCUCAAUAAACAAGACUUCAUGCCGAACAAGUUUGGACACCCUACGACGCCAGGAGCUAGCGGCAAGAAACGAGACAGAGAGAACGAUAGAGUUGCACACAAGGAUCAAGUCGUGGUUGGAAGCCAUCCUGUCGCCCAAGCCCAUAUUCAACCUUGAUGACGGGAAUCAAUACAGUGUUGACGAACACCGGCACAGCGCAGAGGACAAAACCAAGCAAGGGACAAUUCACAUUUGUGGCAAAAGCUACAGAUUCGAAAACGUGGUAGAUAGGAAACAAGCACUCUCUAGCAUGGCCGCUUACGAAGCCGCCGCAAAGGGAGACGAGCAGAUAGUCAGGAAUCUUCUUGCCAUUGGUACCAAUAUCGACGCUCCCAUGGAAUUCUUGGGCACCCCGCUAGCAGCAUGUGUAAACGGCCGCGGCACAGUCGUGAAGCUACUGCUAGACGCAGGCGACGACCUUAAUAUGGGAGGAUUCAUUGGCACCCCCUUGGAACUCGCGGCUGGGGCCAAGCAUCGAGAUGUUGUUGAAAUGCUGCUCACCGUAUUGGAACAGAAGCAAACCUAUUUCGAGAAACUAUAA